AUGAACCGUUUCCACUUACCUUUCCUAGCCGGUCUGGCUCUAGCAGCGCCGCAGAGACAAGACAGUGGCCUGUCUUGCAAAUGCUACAGAGGAGAUGACUGCUGGCCGUCGCCCUCUCACUGGGAGUUCUUAAACCACACUGUUGGCGGAACUUUGCGAAAAGUUAUCCCUCCUGCAGCGUCCUGCUACAACGAGUUUGAUGGCAUGCAGACCUACGAUCGCGAGGCAUGCGAGGCAGCCACAGCGGGAUUCCUCUCUGGAGAUUGGAUGAUUAAUUCUGGCGUUGCCCCGAUAGGGCCUUAUCCAACCAACGAAACCUGCCUGCCGACAACUCAUCCCGGGGAUACUUGCUUAAUCGGCUAUCUGCCAGAGUAUGUAAUCAUGGCCGAGACUUUGGAGCACAUCAAGACGGGGGUUGACUUUGCACGCGACCGCAAUCUUCGACUCAUCAUCCGCAACACUGGCCAUGAUUUCAUGGGCCGCUCAGUUGGCGCCGGCGCCUUGGCCAUUAACACUCACUCGUUUAAGGGGGCAGAGUUCACUGACAAAUAUAAUGGGCCUGGAGAUUAUACCGGAGGGGCUGUCACCCUAGCAGCUGGAAUACAGGGCAUAGAAGUAUACACCCAGGCCAAUCAGCAGAACCCCCCUGUUGAGGUUGUUGGCGGUUUCUGCGGAACUGUUGGUUUCGCUGGUGGCUACAUUCAAGGUGGCGGCCACGGGCCCCUGUCUACCAUCCACGGAAUGGCUGCUGAUCAUGUCCUUUCUGUUGAUCUAAUCACAGCGAGUGGUGAAUACGUUACUGCGAAUGCCGACAACAAUCCCGACCUGUUCUGGGCCUUGAAAGGCGGCGGUCCUAGCACGUUCGGCGUUGUGACCUCGAUUACAGUCAAGACGUUUCUUGAACAGAAGUCAUCGGGCAUGGUUCUCAGCAUCAACUCGACACAUACCAACGACACAGAGCUCUUCUGGAGAGCAGUCGAUGCUUUCCACGGUCUGGCAAAUCAUUACGUGGACAAUGGCAUGUUUGGAUACUACGAGCUGAGCGAGCUGAAUCUACACGUCCAACCCCUCAUGGCGCCACGCAUGACAGCUGCUGAGCUGAACAAGGCCCUGGAGCCCCUGUUUGAGAAGCUCGAGAAGCUGAAUGUGCCAUACACCACUUAUACGAAGGAAUACGAUACGUUUUUCAACCUCUAUAAAGAUCUACUCUAUGACAUCGAAGAGAACCAUGACGAGCUCAUCAAAGCUUUCAGGACCGCCACCACUAUCCCGGGAUGGCAGGAGCCCGGGGUAAUGUUUGGGCACAUUGUCGGGCCAGGCGUUGGCAACCCGAACCCUGAUAACGCCAUCCACCCUGGUUGGCGCAACGCCUCGAGCUUCAGUAUCUCAUCCGCUUUCCUACCUCUUGGUGCAUCAAAAGACCUCAUGGCAGCUGGGAGAAGCACGAUUACCAACAUUGUCGAUGCCGCUCUGAUUAAGGCCUCCCCGCGCGGUGGUUCCUACGUGAAUGAGGGCGACAUUGAACAGCCGGGCUGGCAGUCUGCUUACUGGGGUGAUAAUUAUCCCAGACUCCUUGAGGUUCGCAAGAAGUGGGAUCCCGAGGGCGUUUUCUAUGCCAAGGCCAUGGUCGGAACCGAAGAUUGGGUCGAAGUUAAUGAUCCUCCAAGACUUCGCAGAAAGACUGUUUAA